GUAGCUUCCAGGUCGUUCGGACGCCUAAUAUUCCAUUUCACGUUGGCUAUGAUGAUGGACUUCUUUCUUAAAACAACAGCGAUAGCAAGCUUUAUAUUGAUAGAUGUAAUCAUGUGAUAGAAAAGGACAAUAGAUAAUCAAUGUGAUUUGAUUUCCUCUCUAUAACGUGUGAUGGAAAAGUGAGGGUUUGUUUUUUUACUGUAAAAUGACUGACAAGCGCUGGGUAAAAUUUUGUUCACUGAAAUGUGAAGACAUAUGUCUUCCACAUUAACAUCUUUCUUGUGUUCAGUUUGAUCAACUAACAGUGUGUUUGUUUGUCCAAACAGGUAAAAGACCUGCAAAUAUUUUAGCUCAUUAAAAAUGAGCAAAUGAAAUUUCUUGACAAAAAAAAAAUAAAAAAUGUACUGACAGUUUUAGCAGCUAAUAUAUAACUAAAAUAACUAUGUCAGUCUGUGAAACACAUUAAUAAGUUAACAUCUGUUGAAUGAAUUCCUUAAAAAGUGAAAAGUCAUUCUUCAAGGUACUAAUGACUUUGGACGUAUAAAAAGGGACUGUGAAAGAAACUUAAAAUCUAAUCUUUCAAAAGUCUUUUACUGGUGAAAAUCAAAAUGCGUGAAGCACAUACAAAAUAAUGCAUCGUGUCUAUGAAGUGGAUAUGUGUAAAAGAAAACGUUAAAAUAAGAAAAACACACUAAGAUCUUUGAAAACUAAAGCGUCAGUAUGAUAAAGGCGACACAUCUGUAAAGGAAAAUAUAUAUAAAAAAAGUGUCUGAUUAUUCUCUCAGCAUCGAAACACCAAAUCUUCGCACACCAAAAUCAUAAGAGGAAAAUUAAGGACAAUAACGGUGCCAGCCUGAGAACAUCCGACCACAUGACGCCCAUCUCAACAGAAAAGAAGUGAGAGAGAGAGAGAGAGAGAGAGAGAGAGAGAGAGAGAGAGAGAGAGAGAGAGCGAUGAAGCCACCGGCCAACCUAGAGGGCAGCUGAGCAACAGAUCGAACCAUGCACCUGUCCGCCGUCAUUGUUUUGCUCAUCGCCAACAUCGGCCUUGCGGAUCCUGACCCAGGUAUGGGGCUCGCUGAUCCUGAUCCGGGAUCCAAACCGAAGAAGAAGACGGGCAACUGGAAGAAACCCGAGUUUGACGAAACUUUGCCCGAUAACAUAACUGUCAUGGAGGGGGAUACGGCUUCCCUCCCCUGCGUUGUUUCAAGGUUACGAGGACGAUCUGUAUCGUGGAUUCGGCAGAGCGAUCUGCAUGUCAUCUCCGCUAAUGAGCUCACCUUCACCUCAGACGACAGGUUCAGGGUAAUUAUCGAUAACCUGACGUCGUCGUUCUCCCUGGAAGUGAUAUCAGCCCUGAGGAAUGACUCCGGCGUGUACGAGUGCCAGGUUAAUACUCGACCCAAGUUAUCGAGGCCCAUCACUCUUAACGUCCCCGGCCCGGCGGCGAAAAUUCAGGGUCCAAGCGAGCUGUAUAUCAAGAGUGGGUCGACGCUUGUCAUCAGCUGUACAGCACUGCUUCAUCCAGACGCCGUCAGUACAGUAGACUGGCUGCACAAUCAAACGACGCUGUCCAUCGCGGGUCCCCGGGGAGGGGUGAGCAUCCACACGGAGAAGGCCGGCCAAUUAGUCUCCUCGAAGCUCUCGGUCGGGAAGGCAGUGAGCAGAGACGCUGGCAACUAUACGUGCCAGCCCGACUCGGUGCAUCCGGCGUCUAUUAGUGUCUUCAUAGUAGAGGACGAAUUUCCGGCAGCCAUGCAUCACGAGAGCAGCUGUCACUCUUUGGACGUCUCUCGAGGGCUUUUAGUGGCACUCCUCCUAAUCAACGCGGCACUGCUGACCGCCAGAUGAUGUGGCACCGCCGGGAGGUUCUCUUCUCUGGGGAUUUUAUACUGAAGCAUAUUUUGUACUUGCUGAGAUACUGUAAAGCUAGGGAAUACAAUGAAAAGAAAAUGCAACAUUUUGGGUGAACGGUGUCAUAUUAAUACUGGUAAAAAAAAACUAUUUCUUUUCCUAAUAUUGCAUUCUGGUCUAUUUUCAUUUCUAAAUGGCAAUACAUACAUACAUACAUACAU